AUGGAUCGCCAAAUGACUCAAAUUGAUAUCUUGUUUCCGACCAUCGAUAAUGAUGAAUCUUGCAAAACCCUAAGACCUCCCACCCGCCUGAGCAUCCAAGAGAUCAACACCUUCCAAGACGUAGAGAGCCUCGUAAAGCACUUGACAGACGAGCUCAACCUGUCGGUCAAGGGCCUCAAGCUUUACAAUGCUAUUACCCUCAUGGAAGUCUCUUCGCUCCAGUUUGACUCCGAUGCCGGACCGUACAAACUUCUGCUGCUGCCCGCUGAAGGCUGCUCAGACCCCAAGGAAAUGCUUCAGUAUGGGUCAAAGCGCGCAUCUACGCAGGAGCUGUACGACGAGGGUUGCACAUCGUUCAGGAGAUAUCUGAGCGCUCUCAGGCACUGCCUGAGCAACAUCCGAGCGAUGUACUACAUGUACCUUGAAGGAGAGCAGGCAGGCGCGAAGAGGUUUGUAGACCAGGUGCUGAGGCUGAUAGAUCAGCCAAAUGCAGAGAUGAGACGACGCGGACGGAUCGCAAACGCAAAAAAAUUUUAUCAACACGACCUGAGCUGCUUGAGGACGAUGCUGAACAAAUAUCUUGUUGAGUCUGGCUCUAUGUCGGAGCAGAUUGACCUGGAGUUCGAGGUGAUCCAUCAAGACUCUGCUAGCUCGGCCCCUCCGCAUCGACUAGCAGACUCGAUGUGCUGCCUUGACCGAGUGCUGAGCGACGACGCCAGGGACUGCUUCCCCAUCUACGUCGAGAUCCCCGACCAUGCAGACCCCACCAAGCGCUCGAUCGCUACGGGGGCGAUAUUCUACUUUCCGAACCAGGGCAACAAGGACACAGUCCCGUACGUUGACGAGCUGCAUGGGCACUCAAGCUCAUUGGAUCGCCGCUUCAUGGUGUUCUGGAUGGGACGAUGGCUUCCUGAAGAAGAUUUCGUACCAGGUUUCAUGAGAUACCGUGAGGGGGAUAAGCCGCUUGCCCCGCAGCGAUGCUAUGCAAGGACUUUCGGCAUUCUUUUUGUAGACCGAGGGAUCGAGCCAGAGGCAAACAAGCUGGCCCUGAGCAAGUCUGCUCCAAAUGUAAAGAAGAUGAAGGAGGCGAUUGACUCGAAGGACCUUGCAAAAGCAUAUGAUUACUGGCUCAAAGAAUGUCACCUCAAGUUUGAUGCAGAGGUCUCCUUCGAAGACGAAAACCCAAAGUACAUAGAUGCUGAAGGAAUGUCUCAGCACGACAAGAUCAUAUUCUGCGACAAUGUGUAUAAGGUGGGUGAAUUCGUCGAGCUGUACAAAGAGUCAAAGGAGAAAGCAAAGAUUGAAAGUCAUAUAGGAAGGAUCGAGAGGUUCUUGCAAGAUAAGCACUUUGACCUGCACUUGCCAACAGGGGAGGUCGAGCUUCUUCUAUUGGCUUCAGACAACAGCAUGACGAAGCAUAAUCGCUUCAGAAUACAAAACUAUUCCAUGAGGCCCCUCAGCAACAAAGAGUUCGAGGCUACCAGAGCAAAGAAUGAGAAGCAGAUAGUCAGAUCAGUCGCUAUCGAGUUCCGCAACCACAUCGUGAAGGCUGGCAUGUUACCGCUUACAAGGGUUGUCUGCAAGAACUCAAACAACGAAGUCAUUCAGACAAACAUCCCGAUCUUCAAGGUCACAGUGGCGUCACAAGAUUGCUUGGAAAGCUUCGAAGUGUCUAAUGGGCUUCUGUCUUCUCCUGAAAAGAUAGUGCCCAAUGGGCAUCUGUCUUUUCCUGACAAGAUAGUGAAGAAGCUCGCGACUGUCGCAGGCCGGUAUACGAUUUCCCUUGAGCCAGCUGCAGGUCAGACGCCGUUCACGUGCGAGCCCGCGACGUUCUACAUCACCCCAGCAGAGAUGCACAAGACGAGGCUCGGGCUCUAG